UGAGAGCUUCAGGCUCGUGGCCAGACCUCCCGGUUGUCUCGCCUGCUCGUGGCCCCGCCCUGUCGGACGCAGCAAGUGGACCACACAUUGACAAGUUUCAGGUGUGAAAGGGGGUUUACCGCUGGGUCGCGACUCGGCGCUUCUUCUUGUCGUCCGGUGUUCCCGCUGUCGACUGGUUUUUCCCUUUUCUCCAUUCUGUGUGCAAUCGAUCAUUCUUCCCAACUAAGUGAUUGAUCACCGUCACUUACACUUAAUUCAGUCAGCUGGUCUGAAUACCUUCAUUUUUUGCUUAUAAUACCUACAUAUCCCUGCAUCGCCUUCUGAAGGAUUGCGGGUCCCCGUCCCGACGACCUCAAUAAUCCCAUCGACAGCCCAAUCGGACAACAUGCAGCCCGCCGCACUCGCCGCCGCCGUGCUCUCGCUGUGCGUCUCGCUUGCCAGCGCUGGUGUUGUCAUUACGCCCAUCAAGCCUGACCAGGUCGUCCCGAAGAAUGCCGGUGACUGCUUCUUCGGCGUGACCACACCUCAAGGAUGCGGUCCUCUCCGGAACAACUGAAUUCUUUCGGCUACCACCUAUAAUCCAAUCCACAGGCGGCUUUCCAUAACGGUGCCUGAGCGGUCCACUGCGUAGAGUGCGACGCCGUAAUUCGCACCAAACAACACCAUAGCUAGGUGGUGGUCUGCGGAAACUCUCGAGGGAGGAGGCUCUGGUCCGAAGUCAGCGGUUACGAUCACGGCCGACCGUCUUUGGAACUGGCGGAUAGACCAGCGAAGGGCUUGAUGCAUUCUUGUUGUGAUUAAUCUCUAUAUACCCACUUGGCAUGUGCAUAGCAUUUUGGUUGCUUCGGCUUGUUUAAUUGAAGGCCAUGUUGGCCCAGUCAUACCCUUCACCUCCGUCGACGACAUGUGAAGCGCAGUUGACAGACUGAGGG